ACUGGCAGAAACUGCUCCCGCCGCCCUCCCUCUCUGAGCCCUCCGCGCCGCCAGGGGGCGCUGUGCGCGCCGGGCCCGCGCCGUCCCGCCGCCGCCGCUCUCGCCGCUUCUCCCCGCCCCUUCCGCCUCUUCUGCCGCCGCCAUCGCUGGGACGCCGGGCCGCUGCGCGCCAUGUCGUCCCACAAGACCUUCAAGAUCAAACGCUUCCUUGCCAAGAAGCAGAAGCAAAACCGGCCGAUUCCGCAGUGGAUUCGCAUGAAAACGGGCAAUAAGAUCAGGUACAACUCCAAAAGGAGGCACUGGAGAAGGACCAAACUGGGCUUGUAAAGAGAAACCAUCUCCUGGGAACUCUAAUAACACUUGUCUUUCUGCAUCAGAUGGGUGUAGCCCAUACGCUGCUUGGCAACCCCACGUGAUUCCUUCUGUAGUGUUGGACUGCAAUCCCCAGUGGUUUUUUUAUAAAUUAGUCUGGGAUAUUGAUGUUAACUGGGAAAAUCUGGAAGUAAUUUGCAUCUGAAACAUGAAGACUGUGUUCUAUUAGUGUUCUUUCUUCAGGCUUCAUUGUGAGUGUUGACAGUGUACAGGCUUACUAAUAAAGAUGGACCUGAAUUA